GUCUGCACCCAGCGCUGAACUCUCUCUCUCUCUCUCUCUCUCUCUCUCUCUCUGUCUCUGGUCUCGUUUUCCUGGACAGCACUGUGAUCUGUUUAUCGUGCGCUGGCCUUCAGCGAGGUGAGAGAAUAAGGAGCGCUUUCCUCCGUGCUCCGCACUGAGCCGCGCCGGCAGCCUCAGCUACAGCAGCACCUCUAACGAUGAUGAUGAUGCUGAUGAUGAUGAUGGAUCUCGGUGGUCUCCUGAGCUCCGUGCCGCCGCUCUCUGCGCGCUCCCUCCUGCUGCUCUCUCUCGCCUUGCUGCUCCUUGCCGUGCGCUUCUCGCGCCGCCGCCCACAGAGCGCGCGCUCCAUCCCCGGUCCGUUCCCGUGGCCGGUGAUCGGUAACGCGGCUCAGCUCGGCGCCUCCCCGCACAUCUACUUCUCGCGGCUGGCGCGGCGCUACGGCAACGUGUUCCAGAUCCGGCUGGGUAGCCGGCGCGUCGUGGUGCUGAACGGCGAUGCCAUCAGGCGCGCGCUCGUGCACAAAGCCGUGGACUUCGCGGGCCGCCCGCACUUCUCCUCGUUCAGUUUCGUGUCCGGCGGCCGAAGCAUGGCCUUCGGCGACUACGGCGAGCGCUGGAAGGCGCACCGCAAGCUCGCGCACUCCACCGUGCGCGCCUUCUCCACGGGAAAUGUGCACACGCGCCGCGCCUUUGAGGCGCACGUGCGCAGCGAGGUGCAGGAGCUCACCGGGCUGUUCGUGCGCGAGACGCGCCGCCUCGGGCACUUCCAGCCGCACGAGUACCUUGUUGUGUCCACUGCCAACAUCAUGAGCGCCGCGUGCUUCGGCAAGCGCUACACCUACGACGACGCCGAGUUCCGCCAGAUUGUGGGGCGCAACGACAAGUUCACGAAGACGGUGGGCGCGGGCAGCAUCGUGGACGUCAUGCCGUGGCUGCAGAGCUUCCCCAACCCCAUCAAGACGCUGUUCCUGCAGUUCAAGGAGCUCAACUCCGAGUUCUUCGACUUCGUCCACGCCAAAGUGACCGAGCAUCGCAAGACCAUAGAGAAGGCCUUCAUCCGGGACAUAACGGACGCUUUCAUCUUGGCCGCGGACCGAGGCGAGGUCAGCCGACUCCUCGGUCCGGAGUACGUGUCGCCCACCAUGGGGGACAUCUUCGGAGCCAGCCAGGACACGAUGUCCACCGCGCUGCAGUGGAUUGUCCUCGUGCUUGUGAGGUAUCCAGACGUUCAGAAGAGACUUCAGGAGGAAAUGGAUAAAGUACUGGACAGGAAUUGCCUGCCAACUAUUGAGGACCAGCCACGUCUUCCAUAUGUAAUGGCCUUCAUCUAUGAGGUGAUGCGAUUCACCAGUUUCAUCCCUAUGACAAUUCCCCACUCCACCACCAAUGACACUUCCAUGGAUGGAUACACCAUCCCCAAAGGCACCGUGAUCUUUAUCAACCAGUGGUCCCUGAACCAUGACCCCACUAAGUGGGAUCAGCCUGAGAUCUUCAACCCACAACGCUUCUUGGAUGAGAAUGGGGCACUAAAUAAAGACCUAACGAGCAGUGUGCUGAUUUUCUCCUUGGGAAAGCGGAGGUGUAUUGGUGAAGAACUGUCCAAAAUGCAGCUUUUCCUCUUUACCACACUUCUCGUACACCAGUGCAACUUUGUGGGAGAGAAGCCAAUCACUAUGGACUACCAAUACGGACUGACUCUGAAGCCCAACCCAUUCAAAGUGUCUGUCUCUCUGCGUGAUGGAGUUCUUGGAGAUGGUGGUCCAAUCACCUCUCCCUGCACAGAACAUUAGUGAUAAAAUGACAAAUGGGGUUGCAUGCUUGAAACGAAAAAAAAAAAAAGAAAACCAGGGGAAACAAACACUUGAAAACUUGUUUU